UCCUCCCCCAAUUCUCUGACUCUGACUGCCUCCCCUUCCGUCGCCACCUUUUCCGGCGAAUCUGUCAGCUCCAGUUUCACCUUUUCCCAUCUGUUUUUUGAAUUUUCGCUCUUUCUUCACUCGAAGAAGCUGUUUUAGCAUCUGGGUUAUUUUUUUCCUACCUUAAUACAGCAGUAUUUUCUGGGAAUCUGUUUUCUUUGUUCUUUUCCCCAAACAGUGCUGCUGAUUUCACUGUCUCUUCCGAAAACCACUGUCUCCGUUUCUUUUGCGCUAAAGCAUUUGUCAUUUAGCUCUGUGAUCCUCUUUUUAGUUUUUGGGCUCUAUUCCUCUCAAGAAGUUUUACUCCGAUAAGGUUUUCUUCGCAGUAUUUUCAAAGGAGUUUUUUUUCAGCUUCUUUGAAUUUUGAUUUUCAUGAAGGUUUAGCAGUUUUUUUUUGGAGUACCCAGAUAGGGAAUUGAAGGGGAAGAUGCUGCUGAACCUCUUUGCUUUUCUUCUUCUAGCUUCUGCGACGGCGGUUCAGUCUCUGGACCAGACUUUCAACGAUGAUGUUCUGGGGUUAAUCGUCUUCAAGGCGGGUCUCCAGGACCCAAAUGCCAAACUCCAGUCCUGGACCGAAGACGACAACGACCCCUGCAACUGGGUCGGCGUCAAAUGCGACCCGACUACCAACCGGGUCUCCCAGCUCGUCCUCGACGGCUUCUCCCUCUCAGGUCAUGUCGGUCGCAGCUUGUUGCGGUUGCAGUUCCUUCAAACCCUCUCGCUAUCGAAUAACAAUUUCACCGGACCCAUAAAUCCCGAUCUCACUCACCUCGGUGGAUUGCAAGUAAUUGAUCUUAGUGGAAACAGUCUUUCGGGGUCGAUUCCUGAUGAUUUCUUUGCACAAUGUGGGUCUUUAAAAUCAGUUUCUUUCGCAAGGAACAAUCUUACAGGGCAGAUUCCUGAUUCUUUGAGCAAGUGUUCGACGCUUGUGGAUAUUAACUUCUCAUCUAAUCAGAUUUCUGGGCGAUUGCCGUCCGGAAUUUGGUUUCUGAGAAGCUUACAAACCCUUGAUCUUUCCAAUAAUUUGCUGGAGGGAGAGAUUCCACAGGGGAUUGGGUAUUUGUAUAACUUGAGAGGGAUAAGUUUGGCUAAGAACAGGUUCUCAGGGAGGGUUCCCGGGGAUGUUGGAAGUUGUUCACAGUUAAAAUGGCUUGAUUUGAGUGAGAAUUAUUUCUCUGAGAGUCUUCCAGAAUCAAUGCGGUGGCUUGGUUCUUGUAGUUCAAUCAGUUUCCGAGGAAAUUCGUUUACCGGAGUAGUCCCUGAUUGGAUUGGAGAACUAACAAGUCUGGAAAGUUUAGAUCUUUCUGGGAAUAAAUUUUCAGGGUGGAUUCCAUUUUCCAUAGGAAAUCUUCAGAGGUUGAGGGAUCUGAAUCUGUCAAAGAACCAGUUUUCAGGGGGAUUACCGGAAUCCAUGAUGAAUUGCUCUAGCCUUUUGACUGUAGAUGUGAGCCAGAAUCUGUUGGCUGGAAAUGUUCCUUCAUGGAUGUUUGGGAUGGGAUUGAAGAGUGCGUCUCUUUCCGGGAAAAAGCUAACUGGAAGCACUGUAACUUCUUCAGUUGACUCCAUGGUGGCAUCCUAUCAAGGUCUUCAGGUCUUGGAUCUGUCUUCAAAUGCAUUAUCUGGUGGAAUUCCAUCCAGCAUUGGGGUUCUCAGUAGCUUGGUGUACUUGAAUAUGUCCAGGAACCGUCUCUUUGGUUCUAUACCAGCAAGCGUAGGAGAAUUGAAAUCCACAGAAGAUAUUGAUUUGAGUUACAAUUUGCUAAGUGGAAGCAUUCCUCUGGGUAUCGGAGGAGCAGUUUCACUCAAGGAGCUGAGGUUGCAGGGGAACUUUCUGUCAGGGAAAAUUCCAACUCAGAUAGUGAAUUGCUCAUCUCUAACAUCUUUAAUUUUAUCUCAGAACAACCUGACUGGCCCAAUUCCUGCAGUCAUUGCGAACUUAAGCAACCUCCAAUAUGUAGACUUGUCACUGAACGAACUGACUGGAAGCCUACCAAAAGAGCUGACAAAUCUUUCUCACCUACUGUUCUUCAAUGUCUCAUAUAACCACCUCCAUGGUGAACUCCCACUUGGGGGCUUCUUCAAUACCAUACCUGCCUCAUCUGUCUCUGGUAAUCCAGCCCUGUGUGGUUCUGUUGUUAAACGCUCCUGCCCUUCUGUUCAUCCCAAGCCAAUAGUCCUCAACCCUAACUCUUCUGGCUCCAUUGGUAACUCCUCUUCAGAUCACCACCGCAAGAUUGUACUCAGCAUCUCCGCCCUCAUUGCCAUUGCUGCAGCAGCCUUAAUUGCUAUUGGUGUGGUAGCAAUAACUGUUCUCAACAUCCAUGUUCGGUCUUCUAUGUCACGAGCUGCAGCUGCUCUCACAUUAUCCGGUGGGGAAGAUUUCAGCUGUUCUCCCACUAAUGAUCCAAACUAUGGCAAGCUUGUAAUGUUUUCCGGUGAUGCUGACUUUGUUGCUGGGGCCCAAGCACUUCUCAACAAGGAAAGUGAGAUUGGCCGUGGAGGGUUUGGAGUUGUUUAUCAAGCAAGCCUUCAAGAUGGGCGUUCAGUUGCUAUCAAGAAACUGACCGUUUCAGGUAUGAUCAAGUCUCAGGAGGAGUUUGAGAGGGAAGUGAAAAGGCUUGGAAAGAUCAGGCACCACAAUCUUGUGGCACUUGAAGGGUAUUACUGGACUCCAUCCUUGCAUCUCCUCAUUUGUGAAUUCGUUCCUGGUGGAAGUUUGUAUAAUCACCUUCAUGAUGGACCCGGUCAAAAUUCUCUCUCUUGGAGACAGAGGUUUAACGUAAUUCUUGGGAUGGCCAAGGGUCUGGCCCAUCUGCAUAGGAUGAACAUAAUUCACUAUAAUCUGAAAUCGACAAAUGUUCUGAUAGAUGGCUCUGGUGAGCCAAAGGUAGCGGAUUUUGGACUUGCAAGGCUGCUGCCAACUUUAGACCGCUGCAUAUUGAGCAGCAAAAUCCAAAGUGCACUUGGUUACAUGGCUCCUGAGUUUGCUUGCAAAACAGUGAAAAUAACUGAGAAAUGUGAUGUGUAUGGAUUUGGGGUCUUGGUAUUAGAGGUGGUAACAGGGAGAAAGCCUGUGGAGUACAUGGAGGAUGACGUAGUAGUGCUUUGUGACAUGGUGAGGGGAGCACUGGAGGAUGGUAGGAUGGAGGAAUGUGUUGAUGGGAGGCUCAUGGGGAAUUUCCCAGCAGAGGAAGCAAUUCCAGUGAUUAAGCUUGGUUUAAUCUGUGCUUCUCAAGUGCCAUCAAAUCGCCCUGACAUGGAAGAAGUGGUUAACAUUUUGGAACUAGUCCAGUGCAGUCCUGAUAGCCAAGAGGAGCUGGAAUAAAUGAAGCCUGUAGAGAUCAAGACAGAACAAAACACAGUGUUUCCUGGUGAAUAAGAAUCCAGUUUGUUCAACAAAAAGAAAAGAACACUAGAUCUUCAGACACCCUUCUUGCCCCUCCGUUGCCUGAAUUUCGCAGCAUUAUGUUCUUUUAUUUUUCCCAAUUCUUUGUUGUUGUAUUUUCCUUUGCACCUUAUAGUUUUCGGAUUUUGUUAUACACAAGCUUACUGGAUUCUUUUUCACCAAUUGAAUAUGAGG